AUGUCCAAGAGGAUUAGUCGCAGGGAUUACAGUGCUGAACUUAUUUAUACAUGUGUACUCUUCGAGCAGAUUGAGUCCCAUUACUGUCCGGACUCCCUGGAGAAGUGGUACGCACAUAUAAAUGGUCUCAGCGCAAUUAUGAUGCUAUACUCCCCUAAAAAGGGGGACUCUCCCAUUAUGGCUAUAAUCUAUGGCCAACAUCAAAAGUUCAGAGUGAUAUGUCGUGUCUUGCUGCUGCUGUCGAUAGCGCAGACGUAG